AAUGAGUGGCUUCUGAGUCUGGAUCCAGGUCCUGAAGAUCUCGCUGAUGCUCUGUUCCACUUCCUGUCGUCCCAAGACUGGUUCGAAGUGACCUUACUUCUGGACGAGUCCAUUUUUUCAGGAGCCGUCAGCAAGAGACUCCUCGCUUUGUCCAAUGGACCGCCGCUGCUCAAAAUUCUGAAAUUGCCCACGGCCAGAUCAAAACUGCUGAGUGCUCUAAGCUCGAAUCAUGCUUCUAAGCAAAGGGUGUUGGUUCUUUGCUGCUCCGGUGGUAGUAGAACUCGGCAGGUUUUCCAAGAAGCUCGUAAACUAGGAAUGCUUGAAGGUGAUUGGAUAUGGAUCUUGCUAGAGAAGGCUACAUGGAAUCCCGAAUCUGGCAACUAUCCUGUUGGAAUUUUGGGUCUCAGGCAUAAGCGUCAACUGACCAACAAGCAUAGUGUGCGAUCUGCAAUAGACGUGGUGUCCGAAAGCGUGAAGUACUUAGAUGGUAAUCUGUGGUUAGUUGACAGAGGAAAUCAGUCCAAUAUCAGUUGCUGGAACAAUACGUCCGAAUACAGAAUGAGACUCACAAAAGCUUUGCACAGAGUUAUUCGCCGGCAGCUAGAAAGGGAAAGUCCGGUGUCCAGAGAAGGUUUGGAGCCACCUGUGUUCGAAAUUUUAAAUCUCGUUUCCGGGCCCAACGGUCCUCGGCGUCGGUGGAAGCGCCUAGGCAACGUAACCGGAUCCCGUGUUUCCAUGGACGCCGUGGUGUGGUUGAGGGCCCCCUCGAGCGGCUUAACGGGUCCGCGAAGGGGUGGGCCCCUCUCUAGGCCCUCUUCUCACGGAGGUCGUCAACGAUUCCGCGUGGUGACGGCUUUCUCACCUCCCUUCGUGAAGCCGGGAACCCGGGUCGAGAAUGGGAGUUGCCUCAUUGGAGUGCCUUGUCUGCAAGUGGAUACCAGUGACAAGGAUGCCAUUGUUGCCAUAUUCGCUGAUUAUGCAGUCGGCAGAUCCGAAGGAGUUCUAUACAACAUAACUUGCUGCGCCGGAAUCUCUAUCGCCUUGCUGUUAGCUUUAUCUCGUGACCUUCACUUCGAAUUUGAUUUGUAUUUAGUAGCAGACGGCCUGUUUGGAACAAGGCGAGGUAACCGCUGGAACGGUAUCACUGCAGAUUUGGUGUCGGGUGCGGCUCACAUGACAUUUGCCGCCUUUAGCAUGACCAGUGCCCGGCAGGGCGCCAUCGAUUUCUCCGUCCCAUAUUUCCACUCUGGAGUUUCUUGCCUCACUUCGUCCCAGUACAGGGUGGUACCGCUCUCGGCCUUUCUGGUACCCUUCAGCAUCCAGCUGUGGGUGGCCAUUUUCGGAGGCUUGACAGCCACUGCCAUCGCUGCAGCCAUCUACGAGUGGUUCAGUCCAUUCGGUCUCAACCCAUGGGGCAGGCAGAGGACAAAGAACUUCAGUUUGGCUUCAGCCCUGUGGGUAAUGUGGUCAUUGCUUUUUUCGCAUCUCGUGGCCUUCAAGGCGCCCAAAUCUUGGCCCAACAAAGUGCUUAUCAACAUAUGGGGGUGCUUCAGCGUCAUCUUCCUCGCCUCUUACACCGCCAACAUCGCAGCUCUUUUCGCAGGACUCUUCUUCCAUCUCAGGGUGGAUGAUUUUCACGACGCAAGUCUUCUGAGUUUACGCACGGGAACUGCUAGAGGUAGUGCCGCAGAAUUUUAUGUAUACAAAGAAAAUCCUGAGUUAUGGCAACACAUUCAACGCUACGGAGUGGACACGUUACAGCAAGGACUCGAAAAACUCAGGUAUAAAAAAAUAUAUCAUAAUUGCGUUUCGUUAUUUUUUUGCUAA